GCUAUCUGAGGCAGCGGCAGUUCCCCUGCGCUCUCUCCAUCCUGCAGGCUGCACUCAUUCACACACACUCUCACACACUCUCUCUCUUAAAACCAAUAAGAUCCUGGACACACACUCACCUACUCUUAUACUUACAGGCAAUCUGCAGGCACGCACACAUACACACACUACUAUCACACAUCCACACUACAAGUUCACAUCGGAGGCAGUUGCAGACACUCCAGCUUUACGCACACUUAUUUCUCCUUUACAAAUCUCGCACAGAAAAUGAGGACAACUGUGUUUUGCGUUUGUGCCAGUCUCCUGCUUACAGCCACCUUGGUGCCGCGGACCAGCCGGGCAGCAGACUUCCCGGGCAACUCUCACCACAGAUGGGACGCUAGAGGAACCUACAAUUUGGGAUCUGAUUCUGGUACCCCAGCCUCAUGCUCCGUGAAACUUAGACCCUCAGGCCAGUGUGGGAGCACCGGAGCCGGGGCAGAGGAAGGGGAGGACUGCCCUUACCAGCUCACACUGCCUCUCACCAUCCAGCUGCCCAAGCAGUUCAGGCUGCUGGAAAAGACGAUGAAGGAGCUGCAGAGCCUGAAGGAGGUGGUGAACAAGCUGAAAAGUGGGUGCCAGGAGUGCCGUGGGGCACGAGUUAACGGAGCUUUUGGACAUCAGCAAGACCAGGGACAGAUGCAGGACCCGAUUCAGAGGGAUGAUGGGGACAACGGCAGACUGGACCCGAUGGGCCAGGAGGUGUUAGGUGGGUCCAGCCAGGAGGAGAGAGGAGAUGGGAUGGUUCCUGGAGCUACUGGAAUGGACGGUACUGGACUGGGGCAAGGUUCCAUUUUUGGGAAAAUUACACCAAGCCCGAGCACAAUGCAAGAGAUGCAGGUGAAGCUGAAUAGGAUGUCAGCCAGCUUGCGCAACGCCAGGAGCCAGAUCUCUGCUCUGCAGGGUCGUCUGGAGGGGCUCAACCUGCUCAACUUGGACAACGUGCAGGCUAUGGUGGACAGACGGGUGGAAAACAUCACUGGAGUGGUCAACAAGCUCAGCUCCACCUGCACCACCCAGUGUGCAGUGCAGACCAGCCCUCAGUUCAUCUUAGCCCCUCGGGACUGCUCAGACUACAAUGUGCUGGAGACGAGGAAGAGUGGUCUGUAUCGUGUGACCCCCGAUCCUCGCAACGGGACUUUUGAAGUGUACUGUGACAUGGAGUCCUUUGGAGGUGGCUGGACAGUGAUACAGCAACGGCUCGAUGGGUCCGUCAGCUUUAACCGCACCUGGGCCGAGUAUAAGAAAGGCUUCGGGAACCUCAGAGGUGAGUUCUGGCUGGGCAAUGACCAUAUCCAUUUGCUGACUAAAGCCAAAGACACGAUUCUGCGUAUCGAGCUGGAGGACUUUGAGGGUGUCCGGGAAUAUGCAAAGUAUGACCAGUUCUAUGUGGCCAAUGAGUUCCUGCGCUACCGCCUGUCUAUCAGUGGAUACAGUGGGACUGCUGGGAAUGCCAUCAGCUUCAACAAGCACUUCAACCACGACCAGAAGUUCUUCUCCACGCCCGACCGCGACAACGACAUGUACCCCUCCGGAAACUGCGGCGCCUACUACAGCUCCGGCUGGUGGUUCGACGCCUGCAUGUCCGCCAACCUCAACGGGAAGUACUAUCACAAGAGGUACAAGGGAGUCAGGAACGGGAUCUUCUGGGGAACAUGGCACAACAUGUCCACAGAGUACUACCCCACCAACUACAGGCAGGCCUUCAAAACGGUCAAGAUGAUGAUACGGCCCAAGAACUAUGCUCCUUAAGAGGACAGGUGAAUGUUUGAGGAUGUUGUCAGGCAGACAGACGGAGAAACACAAAGAAAGCGGAAGUACAUGAAGACUCAUACACAUAGUCAUGCAUUUGCACACAUUUACACAUGCAUACGUGUACACCAAAAGAAGACUCUAAGCCCUUAUAGACAGUUUGAAUGCAGUAUUAACAACAGUAAUUGUGAAAAAUUUAAGUGUGCUCUUUCUUUUUUUUUCUGCUGUAGUGAGUGUGGCCUUCGAAAUGUUGGAUUAAAAUGAUGAUAAUAAAGGACAAUGGACUAUGAACUAUGAUUGACUAAUAAAAAAACCACACAUGCAGUGUAAAGGCCAGCCUCCUGCAGGGGCCAUAAUGUUAUACGGAGGGUUACUGUGAGAGAUUUUUCACCGGUCUCUGACAUUUCUUCUCUUUCUGUCCUGCUGCCUCCUGCUAUAAACCCAGCUGAGACACAGCACAGCACAUACUAGUAGUAAAAACUAAUGAGCUAUCAUUUUCUCCGCUGUAAAUGAUUUCAUAAUUAACAGCAGCCACUCGAGUGAGGUAUACGAGAGCUGAUGAUACAGUUUUGAGUGCGUCUGAAAUUCAUCGUGGAAGACUUCAUGCUGGGGUCAGAGACAAACUGUUCAAAAGUAUACAGGCAGCAAUCAGUCUUUAAGAAGCUGUGCACAAGUAAAAGCUUCUGUGCCACUUAUUUAAUUACACCAGGACCGUUUCCUACUGCAUCACCAUCCUACACAAUAUCCCAGUAUAAAUAUGCAGCCGGAGAUAAAUUUCUUUUGAGUGACUCCCAUGUACAUCCUGCAUUAUUGAUGCUUUAGCAAAUUCUUCUUGACAGCAGCCACAGAGCAGCACACUGCUGUCAGAAAAAAUAGCUCCAAUUGUUUUUCCAACCUUAUCAUUGGGUGUACAGGACUACUGCACACCUCUUCAUGUCAUUUCACUUGUAAAAAUCCUCCUUGACUCACCACUUGUACAAUACUGCUAUCUAAUGUUAGGAAACUGUAUAGCACCAUUUAAUCCAUUUUAUACACACUGUGAAUGGGAAGGAUCGGGGAAAGAGAUGUUUUACUUUAAGGAUGUGUACAGUAUUUAUUUUACUUUGUGAGGUAUGAUAGCUUUUAUAACACACAGGUCAUGCAGUAUAAAGUCUAAUGAUUGUUGAUAUUUGAGCAAUGAUAAAGACUGUGAUAAUUGUGACCAUUCAUAGUGAAUAUAUGCGUAUUUGGAGCUCUGUGUGUAUACCAUACUGAUCUUGUUUUUUAUCAUUCAUACUCAACCGUCAUGCCAAAAGAUAUUAUGCACUUUUUAUAUUUAAAAAAAAAUGAAUAAAGUUCCAAUUCCAUGGCUGUGUAAAUUGCAGUGUUUAAAAACCAUAAUGAUGCCUGCUCAUCUUUAAAAACAUCUUCUGUAUUGGAAUCACCUUUCGAUGAACGUAUACAAGUUUAGCAUGUGUAUCCAUGAAUAGAAAACUCUGAAGUGUCUGCCGUCUAGUAUCCAGGGCUGUGUGUUGCCUGUAAAAAUGGAGGGUGAGGUGCUGCAUGCCCAUAGUAAAUGGGUUGAUGAGGUGUUGACUCAAUAAAGCGACUGAACAAAAGACUGAGUUCAUAUCAACUUCAUGGAAGAUAAAUGAUCAAACUGUGGGACUGUGACUUCAAUGUCUGUUUACUGUCUGUGCUGAUCAAGUUAAUAAAAAAAUAUUGUGCUCAUUCACACGAUGA